GACAGUAACUGCAGGACAAGACAGAACCUCACUUCACUUGGAGCCAGAGUGGCACACUCACUCCCCUCCUCUGGAAGGAGGGAUUACCUUCCUGGACAGAAUGGCAGCAUAGCUGGAUAGAGAGGUGCAUGAAAUACGUUUUUGGGGAAAUCCUCACCAGCACAAUUUCAGUCUUCUCAGCUGGGAGGUCUAACAGUUCAGAACAUGUCAAGCUCAGUACAAUGUCCAGCUGUUCUGAACUCUGGAUGUCUACCACUGAUCUCCUGCAAGGGAACCCUAACAUCUAACCACUGUACCACUGAAUACAAACUUUUCUGAGGAAGGACGUCAUCAGGGGUAUUACACACCCAGCUCCUGUCUGUUACCAAAUCUGGGUCUGAGUCUGUUUCUGGGUCCAGUUCAACAUGCCCCACCAGGAGGAGGACUACACUGGCCAGCCUGUCUGGCAGUCUGUCUUCUUCUUCUGCUGCAAGGGAAUGAUUGAGGGAGUUAUCCUGCUGCUCUUCCUCUGGCUGCUGUUACAGGUCCUGUUCACCAAGAACCUAGAAGUCCACCUGCAGAUCCUGCUGGCAGUUGGUCUGGCAGUGUUCUGCUUCUGCCUGGUACUGGGCUGUAUCCUGUGCUGGCGAAGAGGGAAGAGCCAUCCACCAGAGGACAUGGAGGCCGCCCUGUCCCCUCACUCCGCUGUCUCCAGACACGUGACCGUGACCCUGACCCCCGCGCCCGGCACUUUACCCAUCAAGCAGCAGUACGAGGAGCUGGACGGCGACGUUCUGGAGUUCCCCUCCCCCAGGAGUAGCUCCUCCCCCUCUGACGACGACCUCAGCGCCCUGCCCUUUAAUCCCUCGGCGCCGUCCUCGGUGUGGGGGAUGUCUCCCAGGUCCUGCUUCCCCAUGCGGCGCCUCAGCACCCCCUGCGCGCCUUCCUCGCCCAACAAGCCCCGAGUCCACGGGCGUGCCUCCCUGCCCUCCAUUCCCAAGCUGAGUCUGGUCUCCAAGACACGCCGGGCCAUCGAGCGGCGCUGCACGGUGAGCGGCGACAGCGUCCUGUGCAGCGAGCACAGCCGUCUGAGCGCCACUGCUGCUGCGCAACCUCCUGUCCAACAGGGGGAGCCCGCCCCUACACAGUACGGUUCCAGCUCCAGCCCCGGCUCCUUAUCCAUCCUCAGUAAGACCGCUCCGAUCCUCCACUUCUCCCUUCAUUUCUCGCCCGGGCGGGGCACGCUGACCGCCAGCAUCCUGGGCCUGUCAGGGGCGUCGCGGCGCCGGAGCGGGGUGCUGGUGCGGGCCAGCCUGCCUCCGCUCUGCCCCUCCCCUCAACAGGUGGCAUCGUCGCGCAGACGCAGCCUCAGCCCAGAGAUGCAGAGCCAGAGCUUCGUGCUACAGGUGGGCUCCGUGGAGGUGCUCCGUGCCUGCACCCUCCGGCUGGCCGUGUUCAGCAGGGACUUCUCUGGGCUACGCGAGGCCGCCCUGGGGGAGUUGGAGAUGGCGUGCAGGGAGAUGGACUGGGAGCCAGACACCACCAUCACCUACACCAGGGAGCUCAGCCCUGCCAGGAGCCGGCUGAAGAAGAGCAUGAGUUCCCAGGAGACACUAAGUCGUAUGAAGAGUUCUGUGUGUGCUCCCCGGUCCUUGGGCCAGCUCUUCAUCCUGCUCCAAUACCAGACCUUAGCCCACAGGAUCAAGGUGAUGGUACGCAAGGCAGAAAACCUGGCCAAGUUAACGAGGAUGCCAGGUGCCCCAGACCACUAUGUUGUAAUCAACCUGCGCCAGGAUGGAAAGGUGAUAGGAACCAAGGAGACCAAGGGGGCAGGAGGACAUAAUGCAGUGUGGAACGCCCCCUUCCUGUUUGACCUUCCUGUUGGAGAGGUCUCCCUGCUCAACAUGGUCCUGGAGUUCAUCAUCAUGCAGGGGCACGUCUAUACAAAGAGCAGCAUGAUGGGCCGUGUGCUGAUUGGCUGUGAAGGUCCGGAGGCAGGGCAGGGACACUGGAGAGAAAUGUGCAGUCGAGGGCAGGUGGAGACAGCACGCUGGCACAUCAUUCAACCAGAAGCCCACUGGGACUGAUGGAAAGGGGUCAUUCUUGGACUUCCCCUUCAUUUCCUCAUCCCCAUAAGGGAUGGAAGGAGAAGAGAGGUUAGAAGACGAAUAGAAGGCCAUGCUCUGUUCAGACUUGGACCACACACAUGGGACACCAUCACGCCUCUCAGAAGCCCCUUUGUCCACACUGAACAGAAUCAGAAGGAUCAUUCCACCCAGAACUAACUUUGAUCACCACACUGGCCUGCCAAUGACAUUGAAGGCCAUACAACUUCCACUAAAGUGUAUAAUAUCAGUAGCAUCAAUGUGUAUUGUCACGUAUGUUAGUGCAUUCUGUGACUGGUUCAGCCCCAUGCUGUUGUUGGAAACAGUAUAUCAGAAACAGUUGUGUUUUGUGGUUUGCCGUGAGGUGGGUCACGUCCGUGUUGGUCCCAUCCCGCUCCUCCUGUCUACCCUGCCUGGUUUCUAAAGUAUAUUAUACACACAGUGCUUGUGCUCCGUGCUGCAUGACUGUCAUGUCUGUCAGACAUUAGUGCAAUUGAAAAACCGUGAUAUUGAUCGUAGUGCGCUGUUCUCUGCCAUGCAAUAUCCAGCUGUCCACCCGGGCUCCUCAAAGCGGUGUGGCAUUAAGAUAUAGUACAGAACUGUACAUGUGAUUAUGGAUAUAUAGUGUGUGCCUGAAUCAACAUAAACACCCUUCAUUAGAACUGAAAUGGAUCUUGACCCAUUCAGAAAAAAACUGGCUUUUCUCUCAAGUCCAUGUCCUCUGUAAAUACUGUAAAUGAUGUGUAAUCUGUCAUGUUUUUUAUGUGUGUUUUAAGCAGUACUGACCUGCCAUGCUUAUUAUUGGUUGUGUACUCCUUGAUUGUGUACUAUAGCUUUAGCAUUAAUAAUAAAUGUGUUGUUG